GUCUGGAUGGCCCAGGAACGGCGCACCGUGGAGUCCCUCUCUGAUUUUUGGCGAGCAGAACAUACCUGAGACGACAGGUAGAAGACGACUGACUGCCUCGAGCAGCAGAGAUCAGGGAGGCCGAGGGCGGGAUGACGAUCCGGUUCGUGCUGUUCGUCAACAAGCAGGGCCAGACGCGGCUGGCGCAGUACUACGAGCACCUCUCCCUCGACGAGCGACGGGCCCUCGAGGGCGAGAUCGUCCGCAAGUGCCUCGCCCGCACUGACCAGCAGUGUUCGUUUGUGGAGCACCGGAACUACAAGGUCGUUUACAGGCGCUACGCCUCCCUUUUCUUCCUCGUCGGCGUCGACAGCGAUGAGAAUGAGUUAGCUAUCCUUGAAUUCAUACAUCUUCUGGUGGAAACUAUGGAUCGCCACUUCGGCAAUGUGUGCGAGCUCGAUAUCAUGUUCCAUCUGGAGAAAGUGCACUUCAUGUUGGAAGAGAUGGUGAUGAAUGGUUGCAUUGUGGAGACAAGUAAACAGAACAUCUUGGCACCAAUACAACUUAUGGAGAAAACUUCCUAAAAUAGUGAUAUCCAUUUGUGUAGUUUUACAUCCACUUCUUAGCACAUUUGCCUGUCUGCCCCUUUCCAUAAAAUUUCCCUCUGUAUGUGAGAGUGCAAAACAAUCUCUGUAACCAUGGAGUAUUGAAUUGACCUGAUUGUGUGCUUUCA